GACAUAUAUCAGUUAUCAAACAACAAUGUCCAACCGCCAAAUGAAAUCUGCCAAUAUGCUUUGUUCUUCAAUUUCUUAGCAAACUACCAAAAUUAAUUCCCGCCGAUGUUUCAUGUUAUACAGAAUAGUCACAUAGCUUUCCACAAAGUGAGCAUAAAUCUAGCUGGGUCCAAUUUUGUCACCAGAUGGUGCUGUGUGUUACCCGGGCAAAGUUAUAUCAUUGAACAUGGUGUAUGCUAUCUGGUUCUGUGUGAAAAGUCAUUUCCUAAACGACUGGCAUUCAAUUACUUGAAAGACCUUGCACAAGAGUUUCAAAAUGAGCAUCAGGCAGAUGUUAGCCAAGCUACCAGGCCAUAUGCAUUUAUUGAGUUUGAGACAUACAUCAACAAGGCAAAGAAGCAGUACCAAGACUCACGAUCUCGUCGUCACUUGAAUAAGUUAAGUGAUGAACUGCAAGAUGUCCAGAUGAUAAUGGUACAGAAUAUUGAGGAAGUGCUGCAGAGAGGAGAACACAUGUCAGAACUUGACUCCAAAGCAAACAACUUGUCAAGCAUGUCCAAGACUUACAAAAAGGAAGCUAGAUUUCUGAAUAUACGAGCGUCUCUUGCUAAAAAGAUUGCCUGCGGAAUUAUUUUGAUUAUCAUGGUAUUGUUUCUGCGGUAUUGGAUUUUCUAGUUGAGCUGUAUUGAUAGCC